AUGGUUGGCGCGGAAAUAUGUUUACAAGACAGCAAUUGUCGACUACCGAAUUGUUACUGUGGGGGGAGGGAUACCCCAGGGAAUCUGUUACCUUCAGAAAUUCCUCAAAUAAUUGUGUUUUCAUUUGAUGAUGCAGUGAAUUCGGAAAAUUACCAGAUGUAUGAAAAAUUAUUCCUAAACAAUCGUUUUAAUCCAAAUGGAUGUCCAAUCUCUAUGACAAUGUUUGUUUCGCAUAAUUAUACAGAGUACAAUUUGGUGCGGGAUCUUUAUAGCAAGGGAAUGGAGGUUGCUGUCCAUAGCGUCACACACAGGACGCCGACAGACUUCUGGAAAGAGGCAUCAACAGAACAGCUUCGAUACGAAAUUGUCCAACAACGAAAAAACUUGGCCCAGAAAACGGGAAUACCAAUACAGAAUAUAACAGGAUGGAGAAGUCCUUUUUUACAAUCAGCAGGUGACAAACUUUAUUCAAUUUUACAAGAGGAAAACUUUCAGUACGAUUCAACAAUGACUGUAGCGACAGAAAACGGCUUCAGCAGUAAGUUCUGGCCAAACACACUAGACUUUGGAUGGCAGCUUGACUGCAACGUUCGCCCAUGUCCCAAAGGAAGUUAUUCUGGAUUAUGGGAAGUACCAGUCAUGAUGUUAGAGAAACCAUUCGCACCGAUAGGUUGUCUCUACCUUGACUCAUGUCGUCCAGAAAAUAAAGAAGAAGCAUUCCAAUUGUUCUGGGUGAACUUUCACAGUUUUUACAAAGGUUUUAGAGCCCCGUUAUUUUACACUAUGCACUCGUCUUGGCUCAGGGAAAAGCACAAUUACGACGCAAUGAAUUACUUUCUUUUAACUAUUUUACAUUAUUAUUCUGAUGUUUUUAUAAUAAGUUACCAACAGUUAAUUGAAUGGAUGCAAAACCCAACGAAGCUUGUAGAUAUAAAUAACUUUAGAGGAUGGCACUGUCCAAAACGAUAUUUGAAUUUUGUGCAACCUUUUGUUGAUACGAACAAUGUUAACAAUGUUAACAGUAGUGCUGCUAAUGAUUUCAUGAGAAUUCCAUUUUUAUUGAGUUUGUUAUUGAUUGUGUUGAUAACUUUGUGA